AUGCCCGAACCAUCUCUCGAAUCCUUCUCCCAAAACUCCGCCGAAGUCGUCUACUGCCUCCUCGGCGCCCUCGCCCUCCAAUCAUGCUCCAUCGCCAUCCUCCGUCGAUACCAGUACAACCGCGGCUGGUUACGGCUCCAUGACGGGCGGUUCGUCGAUAUCCGCCAGCCGCGCGCGCGUCGACGGUCGAGUGUGGGGAGACGGGGCAGUACGUGGGGGCGAGACAGUGUACCGGGCACGCCGCCGAGCUUGACGAGGAGGAGGAGUAUAGGUGGGGCUAACGGGAGCCCGUCACCCCGGAACCUGAGACGGCGGAGACGGAAUAGUGUUGGGCCGGGAGGGAGUGGGUUGGGAGAGGUGGCGACCUAUACGUCGGAUGAGUCGGAUGUGGACGAUGAUGAGAUGUCGCAGCAGCCUGUUGUCGCGUUUUUGCUUUGCUCGAUGGGAUUGGCGUCGGCUUUGUCGGCGUUGUCUCUUCUUCCGAUCACUGUAGCGUUCGUGAGGAUGAUGCCGCGGUCCCUGCUUGAGAGGUUCUGGAACUAUUCAUUCACGGCGUGCUCCAUCUCCCUCUACGGCAUCAUGCCAUACUGCUACCUCCUCCUCGAAGCCAAUGGCCGAACCUGGUUCGCCCGGACGAAAGAAUCCCUGCAAACCGCCGUCCUAUUCUGGCUGCUAGGCGUCGGCUUCAUCUACAGCACCACCCGAAUCCUCGGCGUACAGGCGUUCAUGGAGUCGCAUCCGUACAUGUCGGCUCUCAACAUCCUCGUCAGCUUACCGUGCGGACUGGUGUGCGGAUUUGCUACCCCGUACGGGGUAUCCGAGAUCUUUGGCAUGACGAGCGCAUACGCACUUCCCCUCAACCAUCGGACACAGAUAGCGAGUCAGAUUACCGAAUUGGAGUUUGAGAUCAUGGCCCUCGAGAACCAGCUUCACACCUCAUCUUCAUCUACGACAACCAACAACACCACGAGAAGAAAGUCUUCCAUCUUCCCAUCAUCAACCCGCUCGCGCUCCUCAUCACCAGCCCCGCGCAACAGCAUCACCUCACCAGACGACCGCGCCCUCCGCACUCAAAUCAAAUCCCUAACCACCAAAAUCGCCCUCCUCCGCAAAACCCAGGAGCUCAACCCUUUCAUCCGCCUCCUCCUAGUCGGACUCUCCUACGGCAUCUACAUCACAUGUUUCCUGUCAGUCAUGCUCCGGAUCCUGCUCAGUCUCGCAAACAACGUCCUGACCUCAUCCAGUAUCCGGCUAUGGGGGUUCUCCACCGUAGAUGUCAACGUGGUGGGUGAACCGCCACCGCUGUGGUGGGUAUUGACCGAAUUCCUCGGUUCGGCGUUCUUUACUGUCGCUACGGUGGUUGGGUUCUACGCGCUCGUUCCGCAGAUCAAGUUGCGUCCGUAUCGGACUACCGCGCGGCAUUUGAUUGCUAAUGUCAUGUUGUUGCUUGUUGUGGCGAUAGCGCUGCCGCUUAUUUGUAGGGCGUUGGGAGUUGCGGACACUGCUUUUGGGCCGUAUGCGGAGGUGCCGUUGUUCAGUCAGCGGCCUUGGGCGAUGGCGACUUACAAAGUAGUGAUGCUUUGGCUUUUAGGGCUGCCGCGAACGCAUGGGCGGUUACAGGCUGGAGCUAGGGGCCUUACACCUUCAUCUUGA